CCCCUCCCCCUCCCGGCCUAGGCCGCACCGCACCGGCCCCGCGCUGCCCCGCACUCGGUUGUACCUCAAGUACAGAAUGGCGAUCAUCUUGACAGUCGUGAUAAAUUUAAUUCUGGCAUACUGAACCUCACAGGGUUGAACAUAAAGGAAGAUGGUAAGCAAUCAAGUUGUACUGGAGUCAAAGGCAGCCCCUAAAAACCUGUUGGAAGAAAUGCACAAACUCCGCAUCUUAUGCUACUUCUGUGACGUGACAGUGCAGAUAGAACAUCAGGGAAACAAAGAGGAAUUUGUUGCUCAUAAAGCUGUGUUGGCUGCGGCCAGCAGUUACUUCAAAGAACUGUUCCUUAAUGAAAUGGUGAACACUAAAAUUACUGUAGUAACUCUGCAAGAUAUCUACACAGCAGACUUUGCCUCUUUUCUGGAUUUUGUCUAUACAGCAAAAGUGGAGGUUGAAGCCGAGAGGGUACAAAGGAUACAGGAGAUUGCGGAGAAGUUGAAAUGCAAGGAGCUUGCGGAAGUCUGCAGUCAGGUGAAAACACAGAUACUUGAGACUGCUCUGAUGGACCUGGGCAAUUUGGCUGAUUCCCAUGGAGCCGAGGAUCUUAAAGACACCAAAGAACUGAGAGAUUAUGUCUCCGCUCCUGCUCAAACUGCAACUGUAAUACCUUCCAAAGCACACAACUGCAAAGAAUCCUCUAGCCAAGAUAUUUCGAAUGAAGAGAAAGUUCAUGAUAGCGAUUUGAAUGCAGUGCCCACAACUACCAGAAGCAAAGGCUGGGAAAAAUCGGAAAAGGACAAGAAAACGGGGAAACCGCUGAAUGUAAAGGCAAAACGAGUUAGCGGUAGGCUGGCCGGCCGAAAAGUCUUUUUAGAAAUUCCCAAAAAGAAAUAUACGCGUAAACUCAAAGAGCAGGAGAAGGUUAAACAAGGCCUGGAAGAAGAAUCUGUAAAAUUGGCCUUGGUCGAAGGUAAUCAAAAUAUUGAAGACCAAGUCAAGAAGGAAACAACAGCAGAGGUUGUUGUUGAGGAGGCAGAUGAUGAAGAGAUGAUGGAGGGAGAUGAUGUUGAAGAUGAGGAGGAAGAACCAGAAAGUGACGAUAGCGAGUUUGAAUUGGAUGAGGACACCAGAAAGACACCAGAUGAGAAUGAGAAGAAGAGAAGGGGUGGAAAUUUCAAGUGCGACAAAUGUGAGAAAGACUUUCAGUAUGAGAAAAGCUACUUGAAGCACAUCGAACAAAACCACGGUAUUACUCCAGAAAUCAUAUACCGCUGCGAGACCUGCAACCAGACUUUUGCAAAUCGCUGCAACUUAAAGAGCCACCAAAGACAUGUCCACGUUGAGGAACGUCGCUUCCCGUGCACAAUCUGCGGCAAAAAGUUUAAAAGGAAAAAGGACGUGAAACGGCAUAUCCUCCAAGUACACGAGGGCGGUGGAGAGCGCCAUCUAUGCUUGCAGUGUGGUAAAGGACUGAGUUCCAAAACUGCCUUGAGGCUCCAUGAAAGGACACACACUGGAGACAAACCUUACGAAUGCACUGUAUGCCAUGCAAAGUUUUCUCAGCCAUCUGCACUGAAGGUGCACUUGAGGGUGCAUACCGGCGAAAAGCCUUUUGCCUGUGAUGAAUGUGGUGCCAGGUUCACACAGAAUCACAUGUUGAUAUAUCACAAGAGAUCUCAUACAGGUGAAAAACCCUUUAUGUGUGAAACAUGUGGAAAAAGUUUUGCUUCAAAGGAGUAUUUAAAACACCACAACAGGAUUCACACCGGAUCAAAGCCAUUUAUAUGUGGAAUCUGCUUUCGAGCCUUUGCACAGAGAAAUUCUCUUCACCAGCACCUUCGAGUUCAUACAGGUGAAAGGCCCUAUUGCUGCGAUCAGUGUGGCAAACAGUUCACACAGUUGAAUGCUCUGCAACGCCAUUAUCGCAUACAUUCGGGAGAGAAACCUUUUAUGUGCAGUGCAUGUGGGAGAACCUUCACUGAUAAAUCUACACUCAGAAGACACGCUUCAGUCCAUGACAAGAAUGCACGAUGGCAGUCCUUCCUUGUCACUUUGGACGAGGGAACAAAGAAGGGACACGCUCGAAGAACAGACCUCCACGCAUUUGUGGACUGCGAGCAGGUUUCUCCCACAGAUGCCCAAGACAGCUCAGCAUCUUGUACAGAGCUGAAUGCUGUAACACUCCACGGAAACAUCUCCGGUGGACACGAGCAGGAAGCUUCGGGUACAUCAGGUUGGAGGGCAGCCGAUCUGCCUUCCAUCACUAUGGUGACUCAAGGAACCUCCAUGGCGGUCACCUUUAACGAGCUUGCGGUGCUUCACACCCCAACAGAUUUAGUGCAGCCUCACCUGCACACCUUGGCCAACGUCGAGCAGUUGGGUGCAGCAAGUUCACAAGGUCUAGUCCUCGACAACGUGGCACUGGAGAAGAAUGGGGCCACCAACACAAGCAUUGUGACUACCAUUUCAGUACCCGCCUGCUUGGCCAUGACUGGUCACAUGAAUAACAUGCUAACACAUGCAGCCGGGGGUGGACAAAUGCCCAGUGGACUUCCUGUCACCCUAGCAGCAGGUUCUCCACAGUUAACUGUGAUGCAAAGCUGUAACCUGUCAGUGUUGCAGAACACGGUAAAUGGAGUGACCAAUAUACAGAUGUGAGGUAUUAAUCAGCAAUGCUAUUUCCAUUAGCCCCCAGACUCAUGGAUUCUAUUUAACUAAAUUUGGGUAAGGACACAUUUUGAUUAUCUGCGACGUUUUGUCCAUCGACUAUGACUCUUCUGCAGUGAACUGGAGCAUCAAUGGCACAGUAUACUUUUUACAAUCUCCUUUGAGGCUCAAGAUUGCAAUUCUUUUGUGCUUCCACUUUUUCUGAUGCUGUGUGACAGGGGUUGCCUUGUAAUGGAUUUAGAUUUUUUAAAUAAAGUAACUUGCAGUAACUAGUUAGUCUGACUAUUGGCUUUGAAAGGCACCAGAAGAUCUGUUACCCAUGAUUUGUUAGGUCCUUCAGAGAAAAUAAGGUGAUGCUACUUUUGUGACUGUCCCGCAAUUUUUGUUUGGAAGACCUGGCAUUAGUAAUUAUAUUUACCCACCACAUAAUUAGUAUUGGAUUCUCAUUUGCCUGCACAAUGCUAAAUGACAUGCUUGGAUUUUUGUCAACAGAAGGAAAUACAAUUUUUUUUUGAUGUCCAUAGCAUCUCAGAUCUAACGGCCUUAUAAUACAAGUGUCUUUAUUUUAAAUUAUAGACUCGCCCCUGUAUAAAUGCACGUGCCUGUAAUGCCGUGUAAUAUAGAUGAGUAAUUUUGGGGAAGUGAUGCUGUUUGUUCAUUUAUGCUUUUAUCAAUAAUGUCAAGAUACAAAACAUGGUCUUAAUAAAUCGAACAUGUUCAUAAGG